AUGGGCGGCGAGACGGAACACUCGAACGGGAUGCAUUCCCAGAGAGAAUUCGCCGUUUACUUUGCGGCGACGUUGAUCAUCAUCAUCUUGUCCAUCCUCUUCAGCAACUACGCGGCGCAUCACAAGCAUUGGUACUUCCUCCCCGAGGCCGCAGCGACCAUCUUUGUUGGCAUGAUGGGGGGCGUGCUUUACCUGAUGCACACGGACUCGGUCACCAAAUCCCUGGCGACGUUUGACCCGAGCAUCUUCUUCAUCGGUCUAUUGCCCCCGAUCAUUUUCAACUCGGGGUACACCAUGAAGCGUCGCUUCUUCUUUGACAACAUCACGGCCAUCGUCACGUACGCCGUGGCAGGCACGACGAUUUCCAGCUUCGUCGUCGGCGUCAUCGUGUACAUUGCGGGCUACUCCGGCGCGAGUUUAAAGAUGACGUUGGCUGAGUCGUUGUCGUUUGGAGCGCUCAUCAGCGCCACGGACACGGUGUCGGUGCUUGCAAUCUUCCAAGAGCUCCGCGUGGAGCCGACGCUGUUUUACUUGGUGUUUGGCGAGAGUUCGCUCAACGAUGCCGUCGCGAUCGUGUUGUUUGCAUCGUUUUCCAAGUUUAUCGGCAACUCGUUCACGGCGAGCGCGAUCCCGCUGGCGAUUUUGGACUUUACGUUCAUCUUUGUCGGGUCGACGUUGGUCGGGAUCGUGUUUGGCAUGCUCUCGGCGCUGCUCUUCAAGCACUACAACUUCAAAGGGUGCUUGUACCAAGAGAUCGCCGUGUACAUCAUGUUCACGUACUUGCCGUUCGCAGUCUGCACCGUCGUCGACUUGUCUGGCGUCGUUGCCAUCUUGUUUACAGGCAUUUCCAUGAAGCAUUACACGUGCAACAACCUGAGUGAAGAAGGCAAAGCCUCCGUCGCCAAGUUUUUCAACGCCAUCUCAUACGUGUCGGAAGCCACGAUCUUUCUCAACCUGGGCCUGGCGGUGUUUUCGCUCCAAGAAGGGUUCCAUUUUGGCUUUUCCGUGUGCACGUUGAUGGCGUGCCUGGUUGGUCGAGCACUGCAUGUGUACCCGCUCUCGUACUUGAUCAACCUGCGCAAGGCGGACGACCGCAAGAUUCCCGCGGCCACGCAGCACAUGAUCUGGUUCAGCGGCCUCCGCGGCGCGCUCUGCUUUGCGCUCGCGCUCGAGUGGCCCAACGAACUGCAGCGCCAAGAAAUCAUCACCGUGACCAUGGUGAUCGUGCUCAUCACGCUCUUUGUCGGCGGCGGGGCCACCGUGCCCGUGCUCAACUACCUCCAGAUCAAGCGACUCACGCCAACGGAAGAGCUCGCGAUCGACCAAACCGUCCGGCCGUUGAAACGCAUGCGCGUGUUGCAGUUCGACGCCAAGUAUUUGGUCCCGUUCUUCACGCACAUGCACCCGGACGUGGACGGAAACGUGUCCAAAGCUGCCGCCGACGGGGACGGACGCGCGGCGGCGGCGGCAGUCGAGAUGCAAGAUGGACAUGACGUGCGCGCGCCGGCGCCAACUUCGUCGUCGCCCGCUGGUCACAACGAAGAUGAAGACGGCAUCGAUUUCGCCAACAUGCAUUAG